AUGAAAUUUGGCCACCAAUUCACGCAGACAAUAGAAGCAACGCACCCCACAAUCAGCGACAAGGUAGGAGGAGAGAACCGCAAAGAACCGCGUCUGGAACCGAGAUUUUCUCCCGCCCCGCUAAAACCGCCCUCCCCAACCCCACAGUUCCUGUGCUACAAGAAGCUGAAGAAGUGCCUCAAAACCAUCCCGAAGAAGACCGAGCCGGCAAAAAAUGCGGAUGGAACCUUAAAACCUGGAGAAAAGCGCAAGCUCACGGAGGAGCAGAGAGCAUUUGUGAAGACCCUCAACGCCGAGCUGCAGAAGUUCAAUAAGUUCUUCAUGGACGCGGAGGAGGACCUCGUUAUCAAGGACUCUUUGUUGGAGCAGGCGUACAGAGAGGUCGUCAACGAAGACGGAAAGCGCGCCGAGAGCUUUUCGAUGAAAAAAUACAGAAAAACCUGCCAGGAAUUUGCGGAUUUUCACGGCGAGCUCGUCCUUAUGGAGCACUGGGUGGGCCUGAACUACACCGCGCUGGUGAAGAUCCUGAAGAAGCACGACAAGCGCUCAAACCUGUCGCUUCGCUCACCCUUCCUUGUCAGCGUUCUGCAGCAGCCAUUCUACCGCACCGAGGUGCUUUCGCAGCUCAUAACUAAAACCGAGACCAGCUUCCGCAAACUCAACGCUCUGCUGCCUGAGGGAGGUUCGCCUGUUGAGCUGCAGCGCAGGGAGGAAGCAAGGGAGCACCAGGAGGAGAGCAAGGAGGAGUCUGAGAGCGACAGCAGCGAUGGAGAAGGGGACACCACGCAAGACCCAUUGAAUCGUACGAAGGCGGCGAUGGAGUGUUGGGAUGGACUAAAGAGCUCUGACUCAUGCAAACGACCGCUAGGAGACAUCCAAUCAGUCGUUGCGAGUGGGAAAAGGACAAAGCAAACGAUAACGGAGUAG